GCGGCAGCGUUGGGGUUUCUUACUGGCGGUAUAAUUUAUAUGGAAAUACAAAAACGCUGCUGCCAGUCGAUUUUCAAUUGGUUCUUGGCAAUCCGUUUUUUAAAACUUCCUUUAUAGCGCGCAGUUUGUGCCUGUCAGCCUGCCGUAGUCACGAACAGAAGAACACGGAUGUUUGUGACUGUAAACAGAACUAUUCAACUGAAUAGAUGGAGGUAUAGUUUUGCUUUCACUUGUUCACUACGGAUUUGCAGUGGUUAAGUAAAAACCAUGACAUCGAAACCACAAACCAAGGGAAGCAAAUUAUCGCCUGAUGUUCAGCCUUUUGUUCCAAAGCAAAUUUGUUACAAAAGCACACUUGAGCCCCCAGAAGCAGAUGUCUUGCCCCCCUACUUGACCAUGUGCAACCCAUAUGUCCAGGGGCCAUGUGCAGAAGAGCAGAUAUAUACAGAGAACAUCAACUGCAAUAGAUCUCGACAGAAUCUCUCUGCACUGUCUUUGACAACUACCUCUGCUGCAGAAUAUUCUCCUCCUUGCUCUGCAAAGCCUGCAAUAAACAAGCAUGCACAUGCUUCAUUCCAAAAUAGAGAUGGCUACGCCAGAAAGUACAGUAAUACCAGACAAAACAAGAACACAGAAGGGCCAUGCGGUUCAUCAGGGGAACGUUCAGCCUCUGUGCAAUCAUCAAAGGCACCAAAUCCAAAGAUUGAACCUGGCAUUCGGGGACAGGAAUCAAGUAAAAGCCCAUUUGAUGUAUCUUUGAGUGAAGGAAACCCACAGAAACCAGGUGUGAUUACAUCAGAUAGAAGUCGUCGGAAACCUAAAACUCAUCCAAAGGAGGCUGACUCAUUUGAAGUUACACUUGCAGAUUUUCCUGAACUGGAGACUUCUGCCUUUUGUAGCCCUGUUCAGUCAGUCCAACACAGUCCUAAAUCAACAUGGGCUUCAGCUUUACCAUCGAGUACUAACCACAAUCAGUUUGUUAGACCAGGUGCAAUACUUCCUCAUUCAAAUAAGAAUACACUUCCAAGAAGAGAGGAAACGGAGCCCCCUCCACAAAAUGCUACAAAUGAAAAUGUGGAUUCAAGUACACAUUCGAUUUCAUUGCAAGCAGCCCAGUCUUCGGAGAGAUCCUUGUCUAGUUCUCGUCCUGCAUCGUCUUGGGCCAGCAUUGCUUCACUGCCUCCCAAGAAGCCUGCUCCAAAAGAAUUGCCUCGUAGUGUGACAGAUCCCAAACAAAAACCAGGAACUGUACAGCAGAAACCAGGUGAAGGAGAAAUGGAAGAACCCACUGGGAAGAAAAAAAAGAAGAAAAAGAAGCCAAAGCUACCAGGCAAUGCUCCUGUGCCUGAAGAGACCACAGCUGUAGUUCAAGGGCCGCCAAAGUUUGAGGACGUGGAUGAAUUCCCUGAUCUGGCAGGUGCGUCUGGCAAUACUAACAAAGCACACCGUUCUGCAAACCAGAGCAUCUUCUCCUACAGCAAUGUUGCAAAGAGGCAACAUGAGAUACCUGAAAAUACAGAUUGUGUUGGUACAUCUGUUCGUUCAACUACCGAGAGAGUCGCAUCAUCAAAAGACCAAAAAACUGCAAAGAUACCAACAACUCAGGCUAUUUGUAACACUGCAGAAACAAAGGUAGCACAGAAAGCUGUGAAGACAAGUGGUAAAAAGAGCAACAAUCCAGUGCAGUUUGAUCUUGGUGACAUGCUUCAGGUACUGGAACGAAAACAGCAAGCUCAGAAAUCCAAGCAGGACCCAAAACCAAUAGUACUCUCAGUUGGAGGUGCACUUCCAAUGGUUCCUAAAAAUCCCUUGGUGCAGAAGAAACACCCCAGACAGCUGGAAAAAGUGGCUCACAACCCCCUGGAUUCCACCAGUCCUUUGGUAAAGAAAGGCAAGCAGAGGGAGGUUCCAAAAGCCAAGAAACCAUCACCUCUGAAAAAGAUCAUUUUAAAGGAAAGGGAGGAAAGGAAACAGUAUCGGUUACUAGAAGAACAGGGACUGAAUCCAGCAACCGAAAUCACAGUAUCAAAUGUACAGAAUGAGGAGCCGUUUGAAGAAGAACUUGAGGGUCAUCAAUCUUUAAAUACCACAGAUUUUACAGAUGGUCCAAGCACUCCUGAUGUGCCUGUUCAGCUAGAAGAAAAGCAAGAGAAGACCGAUGAACCGACUCCUAUUGAGAGCCAGGCUGGCUCUAAUCGCCUCAAAAUACACAGCAGGAGAUUUAGAGAGUACUGCAGCCAAGUCCUCAGUAAAGAAAUUGAUAAUUCUGUGAUAGACCUGCUGAAGGAGCUGGUACGCUUCCAAGAUCGCUUGUACCUGAAGGACCCCCUGAAAGCCAAGAUGAAGCGCAGGCUAGUCAUGGGUCUCCGAGAAGUCCUUAAGCACUUAAAGCUCAAAAAAGUGAAGUGUGUCAUUAUCUCCCCCAACUGUGAAAGAGUACAGUCCAAAGGGGGGUUGGAUGAAGCUCUGCACACUAUUAUUGACACUUGCCGUGAGCAAAAUGUCCCGUUUGUGUUUGCUCUCGCUCGGAAAACCCUUGGGCGCUGUGUAAAUAAAGCUGUUCCCGUCAGUGUUGUAGGAAUUUUCAAUUACGAUGGUGCCCAGGACCAUUUUCAUAAAAUGAUUGAACUUUCAUCUGAAGCCAGGAACGCAUAUGAAGAGAUGGUUGCAAGUUUGGAGAAAGGUGAAGGAUAUGAAGACCAGGAUGAGUUUCCCCAAAACCUGCCUGCCUUGCAGGACACAGCUCAGCAAACCUCUGAAUCUGAUGAACCAGAAUACAUAAAAAUUUGGAAGAAAAUGCUUGAAAAUGAGUGUAACCAUCAGUUUCUAAACUUUGAAGACACGACUACUGGGACCCUAAACUUCAGUUUAAAACUGCAGUCUGAUGACAAUGUGGAGAGCUGAUAAAGUCUUACUACUGUACAUCACCUACUGGACUUUUUAAACUACAGCUAUGGCCAAAAGUUUUGUAUCACCCUAUAGAAUUAACUAGCUUUGCUUCAUAGUUGAAUGAAACCUGCUGAAUAAUGUUACGUUAACAUUUUGAAUUACAUACCGCUUUGUAGUUUUCCAUAUACUUAAUGAAAAACUGACAAUUGAAAAAUGUGACAUUUCAAAAUCUAACAUGAAAUACUGUACUACUAUUAUGACUUCCGGUAGACUUUUUUGCAAUAUCAUUUCUUGGAUUACAUGAUGUUAAAUAAAAGAUCUAAAUUAUGUUCAUAGUUUUAUUAUUUUUAAUUUGUCUCAAUCAUAAAAUUCUAGUGAAGCAAAACUUUUGGCCAGUCGUAGGGGUUCAAACUUCAAAUUAAUUCUGAUUUUAUAAUUUAAUUUUAUAUAGAGAUAUAGAUAUAUAAUGAAAAAAGAGAGCAGGGUAAUUAAAGUAUUUGUUUUUAAUUCAUUUCUCAUACUUGAUUAUGUUCAUGCUUUUCACAUGCUGCACUCUUGUACGGUUAAUUUGGGGACAUUGUAUUGAAGCGAUUAUAUAUUAAUGUAUUCCAUUAUAUUACUUAUUUCUUCAGAAAUACUAAUGUAUAGCAAAAGCACAUGGAGUUAGUAUCCCAGUAAAGUCUUUCCUCUUUACUAACUGAAUAAAGAACUGGAACUAAUUAUGGAAACACCACUAUCAGUUAUGCAAAGACAAAAUAUGAUAAUAUGUAAAGAUAUUAUUGCUCUAUUAAAUAAUUUACUGUGGCAAA